GCCGCCCGCGGCGCCGGCCGUACGCUGGACGUGGCCGGAGGAGCCAGCGGGGCCGCGCAGCCGGGCCUCGCGCGCAGCCCCCCGAGAAGCAGUGGACAUGCUCUCUGUGGGUCCUUUUAACAUGCUAUAGAGCAGUAUCGUAAAAUAACUCCAGCUUCUGCACAGUAACUUCUCUGGUGGACAAGUUUAGAGAAGGCUUUACCAUGCUCCGAGCAUUUAGUCACACAAAUGGUAGGUGUGUGGUCCAUCAUUGUAAGUGUUGGCAUCAUCAUAAGUCUGUGCUGGCAAUCAGGAGAGAAGAUGUUAGUGCAUGGGAGAGAAGAGCACCUCUAGCACCAAAGCAUGUUAAAGAAUUAACACAAAUGGGAUACAAAGUCUUGGUGCAACCGUCAAACCGGAGAGCCAUCCAUGAAAAGGAUUAUGUCAAAGCAGGUGGCAUUAUUCAGGAAGAUAUUUCUGAGGCUUCUCUGAUUGUGGGCGUGAAGAGACCUCCAGAAGAUAAAUUAAUCCCUAAAAAGAACUAUGCCUUCUUUUCUCACACUAUUAAGGCCCAAGAGGCAAACAUGUCCCUGUUGGAUGAGAUUCUACGACAGGAAAUUCGACUGAUUGACUAUGAAAAAAUGGUUGAUCAUAAAGGAAUGCGAGUUGUGGCCUUUGGAAAGUGGGCUGGCGUAGCAGGAAUGAUCAACAUCCUACAUGGAUUGGGAUUACGAUUUCUAGCCUUGGGACACCACACUCCCUUCAUGCACAUUGGGAUGGCACAUAACUACAGGAACAGUAGUCAGGCUGUGCAGGCUGUGCGGGAUGCUGGGUAUGAAAUUUCACUGGGAUUGAUGCCAAAGUCUGUUGGGCCCUUAACGUUUGUGUUUACAGGCACUGGUAAUGUUUCCAAGGGUGCCCAAGAAAUGUUUAAUGCCCUUCCAUGUGAGUUUGUGGAACCACAUGACUUAAAGGAAGUUUCCAAAUCUGGAGACCUCAGAAAAGUCUAUGGGACAGUGUUAAGUCGUCACCAUCAUCUUGUAAGGAAGCGUGAUGGAAUGUAUGAUCCAGCAGACUAUGAUAAACAUCCAGAACUUUACACUUCUCGUUUUAACACUGAUAUUGCACCCUACACAACUUGUUUAAUUAAUGGCAUAUACUGGGAACAACAUACUCCUCGCUUGUUAAGUCGACAGGAUGCCCAGAAGCUGCUGGUGCCAAUUAAAUCUGCUGCUAUUGCAACGGAGGGCUGUCCCGAGUUACCACACAAACUUUUGGCAAUAUGCGAUAUUUCAGCAGACACUGGAGGAUCUAUAGAAUUUAUGACGGAGUGUACAACAAUUGACAGUCCAUUUUGUAUGUAUGAUGCUGACCAGCAUAUUAUUCAUGACAGUGUUGAAGGCUCUGGGAUUCUGAUGUGUUCCAUCGACAACCUGCCAGCGCAGCUUCCAAUAGAAGCAACAGAGUACUUUGGCGAUAUGCUUUUCCCAUACAUUGAAGAGAUGCUUUUAUCAGAAGGCUCACAACCUCUUGAAAGCCAGAAUUACUCAUCUGUUGUUAGAGAUGCAGUGAUUGCAUCCAAUGGCUCACUGACAGCUAAGUUUGAAUAUAUCCAGAAAUUGAGGGAGACCAGGAAGUCUUCCCUUUGUCAACACUGUUGCUCCGAGGACCUGCAUAUCACAGCUACUUCCUAUAAGGAAUACGCUCAGUCGCUGAACAUGGAUAAGAAGAAGAGGGUUUUGUUACUUGGAUCUGGUUAUGUUUCUGGCCCUGUACUAGAAUAUCUAACUAAAGAUUCCAACAUUGACAUCACAGUUGCAUCUAUCAUGAAGGAACAACUUGAACAACUGACCGAAAAAUAUAACAAUGUUACUGCAGUCCAUAUGGAUGUCAUUAAGCAUGAGGAAAAUCUGUCCUCUUUGGUGAAGAAACAUGACCUUGUCAUCAGCUUGCUGCCUUAUUCAGCACAUCCUCUGGUUGCUAAGAAAUGUAUUAAUAACAAAGUGAACUUGAUAACAGCCAGCUACUUAACACCAGCUAUGAAAGAACUCCAGGAAAGCGUAGAAGAUGCUGGUAUUACAGUUAUCAGUGAAAUGGGUUUGGAUCCUGGUCUUGACCAUAUGUUGGCGAUGGAAUGUAUUGACAAGGCAAAAGAAGUUGGUGCUAUGAUUGUAUCCUACACUUCUUUCUGUGGUGGCCUGCCAGCUCCGGAGCACUCUGACAAUCCUCUGAGAUACAAGUUCAGCUGGAGCCCACAAGGAGUUCUACUGAAUACAGUCCAGUCUGCCACAUAUUUAAAAAAUGGAGAGAUUGUCAAUAUUCCAGCUGGAGGAGCGUUACUUGAUUCUGUUACUUCGAUGGAUUUUUUCCCAGGAUUAAACCUGGAAGGUUUUCCUAACAGAGACAGUACAAAAUAUGCCGAGCCAUAUGGUAUUCAGACAGCUCACACUUUGUUAAGAGGCACCUUAAGAUACAAAGGAUAUUCUAAAACUAUGGGAGGCUUUGUAAAACUAGGAUUAAUUAACCCAGAUCCUUAUCCUUUGUUAAGCUCAACCACACCACCUCUAACCUGGAAGGAGCUCAUGUGCAAACAGGUUGGAAUCAAGCUUUCUGCUGAGUACAGUGCUCUUAAAGAAGCAGUAUUUAGCAAACUGGGAAAGGACGAAAGUCAGCUGGAGGCAGUGGAAUGGUUAGGAUUACUGGGAGAUGAGCCAGUUCCAGUAGCAGAUUCCAUUGUGGGGGCACUUGCAAAGCACAUGGAGAUGAAGCUGCCUUUUGGCACUGGAGAGAGAGAUAUGAUUAUUAUGAGAAAUGAAAUAGGUCUCCGGCAUCCUUCUGGUCAUUUGGAAGACAAAUCCAUCAGUCUGGUGGUCUAUGGGGACAACAACGGAUACUCUGCGAUGGCUAAAACAGUAGGAUACCCCACUGCUAUUGCUGCUAAGAUGGUUCUAGAUGGUGAAAUAAAUGCCAAAGGCAUGGUUAUACCUUUGACAAAGAAUAUUUAUGGACCAAUACUUGAACGUGUUAGGGCAGAAGGCAUCGUAUAUAGUACUCACAGUGUUAUCAAGCAAUAACUGGAAGCAGUGGAUUGAAUCUGGUGUUGGUUUUGGGUUUUUUUUUGCCCCCUUUCAAGAAUCUCAGUUUGAACAGUUAAAGACAGCAUCUGCUCUUUCAGACACAAAUGAUGCCUUCUAUAAAACCAAUUGCCUGACUUUAAUGCAGGAACUGUAUAUACUAAUAAAUGACACAUAAAUGGUGGUAUUUUCCCUUCAAAACUGGGGCUUCGUUUAGUUCAACUGACUGGCACUGCUGAUUUUAAAGAGGACCUGUCAGACAGUGGCCAAAGACUUUUGCUGUCCUUAAAGCCUUUGACUGUCAUAAUGUUAUGUAUAUGUUUUAAUAUCAAUCUGAUCUUCCCUGAUAAGAAAACAUCUUGGGAGGAUUUUCUUAAUUGAUAGAGCUUAUCCUCUAAGCAUGUAGGGUUAUUGUCAAGACAAAAUUCAGCUGAAAGGGAAAAACAGUGAAUUCUUCUGUGAAGGAAAAGCCUGGUUAAUGAAUCUAAUUGACUAAGUUUGAUCUUGUGGCAUACAUAAUUUGUUAAAAUAAUAGAGACAAAAGAGAUACUUUAUUUAAAUCUUGUUGUCCCAUUCACUUUAACAAUAUUUGUGAACAUCUUCCCAAUAUCCAAGAAAUAAUUUAGAAAUUCUGCACAACUAGCAAAUAAGAUCCCGUUAAAUCUUUAAAAUGUUCAGUUGUUAAUGUUUGAAACCUAGAUCUUCAUAUUUGUGGAUUACAUCUCUUAUGAAUGUAAACUUAAAAUUAAUUGGAAGAGGGAAGAAGUUUAAAACCACAACAAAAAACAUAAAUACUGUUGCCAUUACAGAGCGGAUGCUGGUUGCAGUAUGUUGAAAUAACUACUGUGACAUGUUGCUUUUUUGUUGUUAGAGAGCACAUUAGCAUUUUACUCUGCAGCUAGGAAGGGCAUUCUUGAAUACAACAUAGUUAAUGUGCUUAGAAGCCCCUCCAGAUAACAUGUUUACUCUUUCAACUUACACUGUUUGCCUAGUCCAGGUCAAGUACUGGUACAAAGGGAAUAGACUGUGUAGUAUAAAGAGCUUUCAAAUGCCAUAGGCCGAGGGGCUUAAAUCAUUGCUUUUUGCGUUAGCUUCUGUCCUUCUUCUUUCAUGCUUUUGAAUUGUUGAUUUGGGAGUCUAUAUAUCCUACUCAAUACCACUCUAGACUGAUGGGAGUUAGCAUCAAAUGAGCUGGGACACUGCAAAGUGCUGUGCUGCACAGCUGCACCAGCCCGCAUCUAGCAGCAGUUUUGCUGUAGCAGGCCGGUGUUAAACUUGGCAGGGCUGAUUAGCCCGAGUGCUGCACCUCUCCGACAAAACAGUGGUUGCUUCCUUGCAGUUUAGUACGGCUUCUCUGGCUUUACCUCGAGGAUUUCUACCCUACUUUGCAGUGCAAGCAUGACCUAGGCUUCCACCAGGUAGGUCUGCAAGGCACGGUGCUCUGUUCAGAUUCCAGUUGCUCUAGCAUCUGACCUGUGCAAACUGGAGCUCCCCUUCUCUAAAGCUGGUCACUGAUUCUGGAAGCUGCUUUCGACUUUGCUCACAAACGUGCUUUGCUGAUAAGCGCACGGACUUUUACCUUCUGGAAAGCACACUACCAUGACCACAGUCGUGAGGGACUGGAAUUCCUGGUAUUCCUCUGCCGGGUAGGAAAAGCAGCCGUAACAAUAGCUGAAGUUUUGAUCUCCAGUCUCCUUACUCAGGAUUUGAGUUUUCUUUGUGCAGUACUGUGUAAUGAAAUAGCAGCUGCAACAAAGAGGGUGGAAGAAGAGGGAGUGAAAGGAAAAGACUCAAAGGCAGAGUAUAUUGUCAAAGAGGAGGGCUUUUUGCACUGAAGAACUGAAUGUUUUUGUGCUGUCAAAUCUUGAUUCUGUUACAGCGCCAUGCCUGUUCUGAGAAUGGGAUGAAAUCCUGGCUCCACUAAGUUGUUCUGCUUCCCACUGAGGCUACAGGCUGUUGAUCUGUUGUUGGUUUGUGGGCAUAUUUAUAGAAGGAUGUUCCACUCCCUGCUGCCUCCUCCUUCCCACCACUAGAUUAAAGGCCUGCAGCUAAGGGUUAAAACUAGACUUGGAUCUACUAGUCCCAUCCAGUCCAAGGGUUAGUGAGACCAGGAUUUCGCUCAAGAAUGCUCUGUUCCAUCUUAUACUCCAUAAAUACACAGCUGUGGCAUUCUGUGUCUGUGCGUGUGCACCUUGCCUGCUUCUCUGCCCAGGAAAAACAGUGUGCAAACAAUAUUGGCUUUUAUUUUUUUUUUAAGUCUCUAAUGAUACUAGAGCAUAAAAGGAAUGAGCACUGCAGUGUGUUUUAUUCAAGAAACACUGCUGCAAAUUUUGAAAAAUUUUGUAUCAGAAUGUAUUUCUGUUUCUCAGUGCAAUGCUGCUUUUGGUUUUCUAGGUUUAGACUUAAAUAAAUUUAUUGCUCAGCUUUUGUAUGAAAAUUAGCAUUCUCAGUGCUCUUUGCAUAUUAUUGGAAAGAUAAUUGAAUCUUAUACAUAAGAUUGAUUGCAAAAUAAAUCCAAAGACCUGUG